GCUUUGUCUUACAAUUGUGGUUUGUUGGGUUGUUUUGUUCUUGUUUUCCAUAGGUCAAGCUCAUUUUACUCCAUCGUGUCCAGGUCUUUCGCCAGUGGAACCGUCAUGUCAGAGAAAAAGCGCAAAGCAACCUCUGCAGUUUCUGCAGAGCCCAGUGCUAAGCAGCAGAAGGUGGCUUCCGUCAAAAGGGAGAAGAAGGAGAAAGCAGCAGGGUGGCUGCAGGAUCUUGUCCAACUGCAGAGGUCCAACAGCAAGGACAUGGAAGUCAACAAGAAUCGUAUUCGGUUUAUAUCAGACACCAGGCAGACAAAAAAGGACUCAAAGGGUGUUCUGUAUUGGAUGCUGAGAGAACAGAGAGUACAAGAUAACUGGGCAUUGAUCCACGCCCAGCACCUUGCCAUGAAGGAGAGCCUGCCUUUGCAUAUUUGUGUCUGCUUGUUUGUCCCCAAAUCAGAGCUGUCCACCCUGAGAUACUACAGCUUUAUGCUGAAAGGUCUGGAAGAAGUUGAAAAGGAAUGCAAAUCCUUAGACAUCCAGUUCCAUUUGCUGCACGGUUCUGCAGAGAAAGUACUGCCUGGCUUUGUGUCUGACCACAGCUUUGGGGCGGUUGUGACAGACUUCUCACCCCUCAGAGAGCCUGUUAAGUGCUUGGAGGAUGUUAAAGAGAGUCUUCCAGAUGAUGUUCCUCUCAUUCAGGUUGAUGGCCAUAAUAUUGUUCCGUGCUGGGUAGCGUCUCCAAAACUUGAAUACGCUGCCAGGACAAUUAGGGGGAAAAUCACCAAACUCUUGCCAGAGUACCUCACUGAUUUUCCCCUGGUUGAGAAGCAUCCCCACAAAGCCACAAAAACUGCCAAACCAAUAGACUGGGCCAAAACCCUGGCCUCCCUGCAGGUGGACAGAACAGUGGCCAAGCCAGAGUGGGCCCAGCCAGGCACCAAGGCGGGGAUGGCCAUGUUGGAGUCCUUCAUCGAUGUUCGCCUCAAACUGUUUGGCACUCAACGCAACGAUCCAAAUGCUGCUGCGCUCAGCCAACUUUCCCCCUGGAUCCACUUUGGUCACCUGUCUGCACAGCGUGCGGCGCUGCAAGUCAAAAAGUGUGGCAAGAACGCCGGUGAAUCGGUAGCACCCUUCAUCGAAGAGCUGGUGGUGCGCAGAGAGCUGACCGACAACUUCUGCUUCUACAACAAGAACUACGACAACGUGGAGGGUGCUUACGAGUGGGCUCAAAAGACCUUGAAAGAUCACUCCAAAGACAAGAGGCCGUAUCUGUACACCCGAGGUCAGCUGGAGAACGCCAAGACACAUGAUAAGCUGUGGAACGCAGCUCAGUAUCAGAUGGUCUCUGAGGGGAAGAUGCACGGUUUCCUGAGAAUGUACUGGGCCAAAAAGAUUCUUGAGUGGACGUCUUCACCAGAGGAGGCGCUCUCCAUUGCUCUGUAUCUCAAUGAUCGCUAUUCGCUUGAUGGCCAGGAUCCCAACGGCUUUGUUGGUUGUAUGUGGUCUAUUUGUGGCAUCCAUGACCAGGGCUGGGCAGAGAGACCCAUUUUUGGGAAGAUCCGUUACAUGAACUACAAAGGCUGCCUCCGCAAGUUUGAUGUGGCCCGGUUUGAGAAGAAGUACUGUCCCAAAGAUCUUUGACAAGUUUUUUAAGCUCCUAGAAAAUAGUCCAAAAAAGGAAAUGCAUGACUGUUUACACGUCACCUCGGGGAGACGUUUUAGGCCAUGUCCACACGGACGUGGAUAUUUUUAAAACACUUCUUUUUGAAUGCGUUUUAGCCUCUCGUAGACGCGCACACGUAGGUUUUUGACCUUGAAAAAGAAGCUUUUGGAAAACUCCGAAGUAGUUAGCUUCAGCGUGCGCGUGCGGACAGGUCAAAUUGAGCUUUUGGGCUUGUUUAACAUGAUCUAUUGCCUUCAAAUAUGGCGUCUGCAUGCUCUAAGGCGCACACAGGUCUGUGCAAGUGUGCGUUGAGUCUUGUACACAUCAAUGUACUUGUAAUAUCUCACUAGAGGUCGUCCCUCGCCACAUCGUGGUUCAAAGUCAGCUGUUGUUGCUUUUUCAUGCUUCUGAUUGGCCAAAAUGUGCAUGAGAACGGGUGAAUGUGUUUUUAUGUGGAAAGACUUUUUUUUUUUUUUAACUCCACUCGUGUGGAUGGAGAUUUUUUUUUUUUUAUUUGACGCCGCUGAGGGGGAAAUGUGCAUUUUUGAAACUAUCCGCGUUCUUGUCGACAUGGCCUUCCUGCCUUAUUUUUCUGCUUGUUGAUUAUUCGCUUGUUUUUACAGCAAAUUUUGAUAUCCUGUGAAAUGUUCGUCAGGACUGUAAGAACUUGUUUUAAAGGAUGCUCUUUUUCAUGUCAGCAGGGGGGCAACGAUACAGAAAACCAUACAGAAAAUCCUGGGUUCGAGUCGAUACUUUAGUGUGCCGGUUCGAUAUUUUUUCUGAUACAAAAAAUAAAUGUUCAUGCCUUUUAUAACUUG